AUGGCGCCUAAAUCCUCCGGCUGUCACCAUUUUGGCGGCGUGUGCGUGCGACUCAUCUCAAUGAUAAAACGAGCAUUCUUACUAAAUCUCGGUUCUGAUCGACUAUCAAGAGAUCAAUUUGCUACUAUCGUAGCCGAGACCGAGGCAAUCCUCAACUCACGUCCGCUAACUCAUGUCAGUAGUGACCUUGACGACGACCUUCGACUGACACCCAACCUCUUCUUAAGGGGUCCUCCAUUUGUCUACGCUCCAGCAGCAGCCUUCUACGAAGCAUCUACCAGUAAAUUGUCCAAAAAGUCUUGGAAGCGAGCAAAAGAUAGACUUGACAGCUUCUGGAGGCGUCUUGUUAAAGAGUACGCUCCGACUCUCAUCAGAAGGACUAAAUGGACGCAACCCGAGGAACUACUCGAAAAAGAUGACCUCAUGUGGACACUUGAGGACUUUACACCACGAGGCAUCUUGCCACUGGGUCGAGUGUUAGAAGUUUUUAUCGGCUCGGAUGGCAUCGCGCGCUCGUGUAAACUGAAAACAGCCCUAGGUACUUUAACGAGACCAGCGGUGAAACUUGCCCUCGUAUCCCCGAAAAAGAAGAUUUAA